CGGACUCCGGUGCUGGACGUGGGCGGGCAUCGGACUCCGGUAUUGGACCUGAGCGAGCAUCAAACUCUGGUCGUGGUAAUGGACGCGUCCACACUAUAGAGUUGAGUCCUGGGUAUAGUAGGACAUUAGGCCGCGGAUACGCUGGGAGUAGUAGCCGUGCUGGUGACGCUGAUCCUAUGGCUGAUAUGCAGGGGUAUUUCGACAUCAGCACAGGGAGGAGUUUCAACAUGAGGGUUCUGGGGGAUCCCAACAUGGGUUUAACAUGGUUAGAGAUCAUGCCGAGUCCGAUGAUGGUGAUUAUCAUGAAGAGGAGGACGCAAAUGGUACUCAACUUGCCUCUAAUGCUGCAGCCGCUCCUCAUGGUCGCUCUCAGAAGGAAGUUAUCUUUCGGGUUGGGAUGGGGUUUGGAAAUGGUAAAGUUCAUAGGGCGAUCAGAAUGUUAUUUAAUGAAUGUUUUGAUGGAGCUUGGUCAACAUACAGAGAAGUCCCUACGGAACAUGUGGACCGUAUGUUUGAUCGCUUUACGACUCGAUAUAGUUGGGAUCAAGCAACUGAUGAAUUCAUUAGAGAAGGAUUUGAAAAUGUGUUAAAGCGCCGUUUCCCAGACAUAAUGUCGGAUUGCCGAGACGAAUCAGCAAAGAAGGCAAGGAUUGCUGGGCAUACCAUCCCGGAAAAUGAAUAUGAUUUUGGCGUGAUGUGUGAGUAUCCGCCGCGCUUCGUGCACGAGGACAUAUGGCAUGAGUUAUGUAUGCAUUGGAACACAGAUGAGUGGCAAAAGAAGUCUGAGAGAGGUAAAAGCAACCGCAAGAAAGCCGAUUCCGACGAUGUGAUAUCCCGACAUACAGGCGGGUCUAGGGGCUAUGAUGAGCAUCGCAUCAUCUUGGAACGGACAUUGGGUCGGCCACCCACUUUUAAAGAACUCUUCCUUGCAACCCACCUCACCAAAGAAUCCAAGAAAAAAUUUUGGGCAGGGAUGUAUGAUGAAAGUUUGGCGGGGGCAGAAUUUUGUACCGCGCGAUCGAAAAAAGCAUAUGAGACAUAUGCAAGAUACAUGAUCGAAAAGUACGGGGAAGACGUCACUCAGCAUCCGGUGGGAGAUGCCGACUUGUGGUAGCGUGCGCAGGGAGGGAGCGGAUUCGGGAUCGGGUCUUCGGAUCGUAGUUUUGUCAUUACCGGCACAAUGUCUUCAUCAUCCUGGUCUGCCUCUUAUGCUGACUACCAGUGCUCGCAAGAGGAGGUGCGAAACUUGCAAUCCCAGGUGGAAAGGUUAAAUAAACGAUUCGAAGAGGCGCAACAAUCCCACGUUGACAUGUUACAAAACCGAGUCGAAGAGAUGC